AUGCGGAACGGGUCCCAGCAGUGGGACCCGGGCGUUGCGUUGGGUCUGCAGAGAGGCGACUGGUGUCAUGCCUUCCCGGCCUUCUCUCGGAUGCUGUGCGGUGAUGAUGUGUCCGCUAGGCCGACGACGGCGGUGGCGCCAGCGGCAGCGGCGAUAACACCGACGGUGGCCUCUUUGUUGAUGCCGUCCAUGGUGUGCUCCUCCAGUUCCUGUGACACCGUUAACGCGUCGAUGGUGGCAAGCAGUAGGGAGGAUGGUGGUGGUGGUGGAAUGGACGUUGCCGGGAAGGACGCCGGAGCCGUCUUCCAAGAGAAGAUACGAUUGCUGAGGAAAUCCAUGCAGGAGCAGCGGGCUGCCCGUGAGCAGCAGCGGCGGGAGUGGGAUAGACACGAGCAGUUAGAAACGACGCAGCCUUCGGCGUGGGCGUGUGGCGUGCCGCUGAAAGGCGACGGCAGCGUUGUUGGGCCGGGCUGUCAAGCCCGUAGGAACGAGAUGAGAGAUGCGGCUGCUCAGACGCAACCAGCACCACCCCUUUUUGCUCUGCCAAAUUCUUCUGCGGAGACAGGGCGCACUGCAAUGUCUGAGGGAGACGAUGAGGUUGCCAUGAGCAGAACAACGCCGUCGCGGGGAAAUGAGCGUCUAGAUGCGGGUAAGGACGAGACCGAUGCGAUGGAUUUGUCGACGUCACCGGUUGUCGUUGUCGUGGUGGACGAGUCGCCACACGCGGUGGAGCACCGCGACAGCGCCGUCACGACAGCGAAGGGUGCCGCUUUCUCAUCUCCCGUGGAUGCCCAAAGUCGUGCCGUGGCUGUUCCUCACGGGGAUGAUGGAGACGGGAGCGAGGCCGGGCGUGAUGAUGCUGUACACGGCACGAGAGCGGAGAAGAAACGAACAAUUGGACGAAUUCUUCAAGGUGUUGGUGCCACGAUUCAAGCAGUCGAAGUAUCACAGUCUUCGACGCCCCGCUCGACAAAACACCGCCAGCACCACACGCUUGUAUCACCGCUUGUAACAGCAGACGUUGCAAUGGGAAAAAAGUUCUCUGCAUCGCACGGUGUUGAUGGGCCGGUGGGAGGGGCGAGGAGGCGCCAGGCGAUAAGGAAGCAGGUUACUGCGAUUCACACCCUUCGUGCUCCCUCGGAGAGCAGCACGAGUCGGCUGAGCAUCCAACGUUGCACACAUGAAACAAGUUUGCAGUCGUUAUCCCCGCCUUCCGAUACUGAAACGAAGCAGCUGUCGGGAAACAGCGACGAGGGCGAGGAGGAGUGGGCGCCACGGAGGUCCACGCGGAGAAGUGCCGCUCUCGAAGACGAGCUUGAAAGACUGACAGAAGCGGGGACAGGCGGGACUCAUGCCCUUUUUCGUGGUACUCCCUCUGUGAGUUCUGAAAACACAAAUACGCGACCGGUGCGAGUGAAUCGUGGAAGGAGCGUAACGCGAGGCGCAGCUGCAGCAGAAGCGGCGUUGCUUACAGGCAGCCGGAUGAAUGACUGCACGGGUGCUUUUACGGCAUUGCGGAGUUGCUCUCCCAACCUCAUGCGGACGUUGGUGAAGGAGGAUGUGGAGCGUGUGACAUCCACAUCAGCGCAUUCCCGUUCAUCUUGCGGUGUAGGUGAGAUAAGUCAGCGCCGCACGACCGGCGAAGGCAGUGCAGCGGCACGUCAACGUCGGUGUCUGCUUCGUCAGAUCCGCCUAAUUGAUGCCGAGAUUCACCGGAUGGAGCAACUGCCAUGGUUUAAGUCGCUGCGCACAGCUUCUGCCUCAGCGAACACGCUUAGGAGGGAGAAGUCCAGACUGCUGGCGCUGCGAACGCGGUACAAAUGGGAGUUGGAGCGGGUGGCAGAACGGGGGGAAGUGCGACAAACCGGGCCACCACCGCCACCGCCACUACCAGCAAAGCCAUAUUCAUUACUUCCAUCGUCCAGGCGGCGUUCACAGGAGGAGUCUCCUGCGUUGCCUCGUCAUGGACCAUCCGUUUAUGAAUCCGUCUUGCAACAGCAAGGGCGGCAACGACAGCAACACGCGAGGAACCUGCUUCACACAAGUCAAAUGACUGUGAAACAGAUGACAUUGCGGCCCACUGCAGGUGGACCUAGUGCAGGCCGCAGAAAUACAUCGAUUAAGGGCAAUGACCUUCCACCAACGGCGGGUGCUUCAGUGAAUGCCAGGCCGCAUGCGAAUUGCGGCCUCUCAGGGGAGCAUCUCAGUCUUCCCCGGGGGUCCAUCACUACGAGGAAUAGCGAUAAGUUCCAUGUGGUGAAUAACCACCGCACAAAUAAUAGAGUUGGGUGCCGUAGGUCUCUUUCUAUUGAUGCAGAGAGAAUGGCGGCUCUGUAUGCUCGCAGUGCAUCAUCGUCGCAGUCAACGUGGCGCGAUGGAACACCAACACGGGAACCGAUGGGAAGCGUGUCACGGCGUAGCAAUUCCUACGUGGCGAGUAGUGGCGCUAGCGUUCAUGAGAAGAACAAGGAGGUCCCAUUGUACUGGAGGCUGACACAAGUUAGACGAGAUUUGGAUGCCCACAACAGCAGCAACGUACGCGAUAUGAGCGGGUUUCGAUCAAGUUGUGGGUCCGCUUCGCCGUCACCCGUUCGUAUAAUGAGGCCGCUUCAGGUGCAUAGUCGCGGCCGCGACUUCUGGCGAGUGGGAUGA